AAAACAGCAUUGCCAACCAACAGGAUAUAUUGGUUCCGCAAUCUUUGAGGACAUCUCACCCCAGUGCAGUUUGCAAUCCUUUGCUGAGAUACUUGGGCAAGCCACUUGCUGCGGUCUCUUUCGUUGUCUCCUGUUGUCCACCAGAAUGUUACCAGACUGUGCACACCUCACACUCACCCUGUUGGCUUGGCCGCUGACCACAGCGUCUCAAUUUUUUUUUUUUCUUGCCGCUUUCAAAUGUGGUGGUCUCCAAUAUUUGUUUUAACAAGAACACUUGCUUGUAGCUCCUGAUAGCCCCAAAUUGAGUUAGUGCGAGGAGACAAUUGUGUGCAACUUGUAGCAAACAAAGAACUUGCUACCCAGCAUAAGUCCAGAAAAACCAGUUGUCAUUCAGUUUUUCCUGUAUGAAGAUGUCAAGCCAGAAUCAGUUCACCCCGCCCCUUGAAGCAGAGGAAGGGCCACAAGUGUAUUGUCCUGGUGGCUUUCACCCUGUUCAUCUAGGAGAGGUGUAUGAUGGGAAAUACAAAGUACUGAGGAAGCUUGGCUUUGGGAGAUAUUCAACUGUGUGGCUUGUUCAAAAUGAAAGAGAACAUAACUUUAGGGCCUUGAAAGUUUUGAGUGCAGAGUGUUACGGGGGGGAAAAGGAUACCUAUGAGCGCGAGAUUCUUGAGCACCUGCAAACUGCAGACCCUUCACACCUUGGCUAUGAUUACAUCUCAACAUUAGUUGAUUCAUUUGAACAUCAUGGCCCAAAUGGACGCCAUGUCUGCCUUGUUUUUCCAGUUAUGGGUGAGACACUCCGGAGCUUUGGAACCUGGUUUGAGGACCAUAUGAUUCCCAAUGAGAUCAUGCGGCGUUUCACUUUCCAGCUCCUCCUGGCAUUGGACUAUGCCCAUGAUCAUGGUACAUCAAACCUGAUAACAUCUUUGUCCAGAUCCAGGAUGAUUUGCUAAUUUCAAAACUAUAUUUGCCAAAUAACCCUGCUGACCCGGCAGCCUUUGACACAUCUACACAUCCAUGUACUAUUCAAUCUCAGCCUCUUAAGUGGGAUUACUUCCAGAAGGGAGCAAAUUUCAUGGAGUUUAAUAUUGCCUUGGGUGACUGGGGUGUUGCUAGUUGGGUGCAUUCUCACCUCUCUGAGCUAAUCCAACCUGUAGCACUUCGAGCUCCAGAAGUACUCAUCAAGGCUCCCUGGGGUCCAGCCACUGAUCUUUGGAAUUUAGGGGCUGUUGUCUUGGAAGUGUUCCGCGCUGUACGCAUGUUCAGUGGGAGAGGUCCACCAGAUGGUCAUUAUCAGGUUCAGUUUCAUCUCCAUGAAAUUGUGGAUUUCUUUGGGCCAUUUCCAAAGUCACUUCUGCAAAAAGGUGACCAAGGGCUUGUUCAAAGAUGGUUUGACAGUGAGGGAAGGAUAAAAGAUUUGCGUCCACUCAACCGUCCAGGGCUGGAAUCAGAGGCAUUUCUGGGGAAGUUGGAUGGGGAAAACAAAAAGAAAUUUGUUAUGUUCUUAAGGUCUCUCAUGAAGAUUGAUCCAGGAGAGAGGAAGACGACGAUGGAAUUACUUGCUGAGCCCUGGCUUGAUGCAGUCAGGAACUAG